CGAGUUACGGAGUACCUGGUUUCGAGUUUGGUAGCCGAACUUUCCAUCACCACUAUUACCGCCACACCUCCAUCACCUCAAUUCUGAGCACAACUUCCUGUGCUGUAUGUGCAAAUUACUCUUCCAUAUUUACGGAGUGUCGCCCGCGUAACCUGCUAUUCCGGCAGCAUGAGCGGACGGCUACUCGCCAUGGGCUUCUUGCCCUCGACGCGCCGCGCCGCCCUCCAGGCCGUACGUCAAUAUCACCGCCUUCCCGACGGCGGUCUGCUCCGAGCUGAUGCUGCGAUUCGAGCUAUGCGUCGCCGCAUGUUUUUUCCUGGAAACGCCUUUCAUAAUGCCGUCGCCGUUCGAAACGCCUCGUUUGCUCGACUUAUUCCCAAGCUGGUGUUGAAAUUCGCCCGAGUCCCCGCCAUGUUCGGCGGUCUGGCCAUCGGCACUUUCGCUUGGGUUCAAUACCAAGCUCAUCAACUCAGCAACAGCGCGUGGGACUUCGUCUCCAAGACAGCAGACGGUCUGUCCGACACAGCAGCGAGCUUCUACGGCGGUGCACGGGACGUCGCGGACCAAACGAAGAGAGGGUGGGAAGCCACGAAAGAACAAUUCGAAACCCCGGAAUGGCUCCUGAAGAUACUGCGAAUCCAUGAGGAUAUUGGAACAGGCGAGGGCGGAUCCGACGGGCCGGGAGGAGAACCACCUCGCCAAAGCAGAGCUGGUGCAGCCUUGGCUGUUGGAGCUGCCGCAGCCUAUGGGCACGAUCAGUCCUCCGAAGACGACUCCCGCGAGCCCCGAGAGGUUGCCAAGGACGAUCAGAUGAUGCUUCUGACCAAGAAGAUGAUUGAGAUCCGGAACAUGCUUCAGAAAGUCGGCCAGUCCAGCACCCUCACCCUUCCGUCUAUUGUCGUAAUCGGGUCCCAGUCGUCUGGGAAGAGCUCUGUGCUCGAAGCAAUUGUUGGCCACGAGUUUCUGCCCAAAGGCUCUAACAUGGUGACCCGGCGUCCGAUCGAACUUACUCUCGUCAACACCCCCGACUCGACAGCAGAAUAUGGAGAGUUUCCCGACCUCGGCCUGCGGCGUAUCACCGAUUUUUCUUCGAUCCAGAGGACCCUGACCGAGUUGAACAUGGCUGUUCCGGAUUCGGAGUGUGUCUCGGAUGAUCCUAUCCACCUGACUGUUUAUUCUCCCCAUGUUCCCGACCUCUCCUUGAUCGAUUUACCUGGAUAUAUCCAGGUAGUAGGGAAGAAUCAGCCUCUGGAGCUCAAACAGAAAAUAUCCGAGCUCUGCGACAAGUACAUACAACCACCCAAUGUCAUCUUGGCGAUAUCAGCAGCCGAUGUCGAUCUCGCAAACUCGACAUCCCUUCGGGCGAGCCGUCGAGUAGACCCGCGGGGUGAGCGUACCAUUGGCGUGAUUACAAAAAUGGACCUGGUCGAUGCGUCAAGGGGCGCUGCCAUUCUCGGGGACAAGCAGUAUCCUCUCCGGCUUGGGUAUGUUGGUGUCGUGUCUAGAGCGCCGCAAACCACUGGGUUGUUCAGGACGGGCCCUAGCAACCUUAUGUCGGCAAUAUCCAAGAACGAGAACGCAUUUUUCUCUGCUCACCCGUUAGAGUUCGGCGAGGGCUCCGGCGCAAACGUGGGCACCACGACUCUGAGGAAGAAGCUCAUGACGGUCCUCGAGCAGACCAUGUCGGCCAGUCUACAAUCAACAAGCGACGCCAUCAAGCAGGAGUUGGAGGAGGCGACAUACGAAUUCAAAGUUCAGUACAAUGACCGACCAUUGUCGGCCGAAUCCUACCUGGCCGAGAGCCUGGACGCGUUCAAACAUUCAUUCAAGCAGUUCACCGAGGAGUUUGGAAGAGCGCAGAUGCAUGAAAUCCUCAAGCGUGAGUUGGAUCAGAAGGUUUUCGACCUCCUAGCGGCGAGGUAUUGGAACAAGCCGAUUUCCGAUCUCUCGCCCGCUCGCCCAGAGCCGGAUAGCCUUGCCGACUUGCCUAGAGCUGAUCCGAAUUCACUAUAUUGGCGCCGUCAGCUCGACGCAUCUACUUCCGCUCUGACAAAGCUUGGUGUUGGCCGACUGGGGACUACCGUGGUUGCGUCAUCCAUACAAGCCCAAAUCGAUCGACUGAUAGGAAAGUCCGUGUUCGCGUCGCACCCUUUCGCUCGUCAGGCGAUAACGGAGGCUGCAUCGACUAUUCUGAACGAACGAUUUUACAGCACAAGUGACCAGGUUGAGAACUCCAUAAAGCCCUACAAGUUCGACAUCGACAUAGACGAAAGGGAAUGGGGCAAGGGCAGGGAACAUGCCGGAGUGUUGCUCAAGAAAGAAUUGCAGGAUUGUGAAACCGCCCUCAAAGGAAUCGAGGGUGCUGUUGGCGGCCGCAGGAAGUUGAAGGAGGUUAUGAACUUCGUGGAUAAGGCGCGGAAAGGCGACAUCGUGGUAGAGGGCGACGGACACAGCGGGGCUGGGGGCUUCAGUGCUGCCCUGCUAGCAAAAGGCCGAGAGGCGGCUUUCCUCCGCGACCGCGCCGACAUCAUCAAGAUGCGGAUGAUGGCCGUGAAGUCCAAGCAAUGUGCCAACUUGACGAACAAAUACUACUGUCCCGAGGUCUUCCUCGACGCCGUAGCGACGAAACUAGCCUCGACAGCCGUGCUCUUCCUUAACGUUGAGCUCCUCUCCGAGUUCUAUUACAACUUUCCGAGAGAGCUGGACCUCCGGCUCGGCCGACACCUGAGUGACGAGGAGGUCGAGAAGUUCGCCAAGGAGGAUCCCAAGAUCAGGAAACACCUCGAGGUUAUCCGGCGAAAAGAGCUCCUGGAGCUCGUUCUCGAGAAGAUGGAGAGUCUGAGACAGCUGGAGGGCCGGGAAAGGACACAGGACCAAGCGGCCCUGAAGGAGGACAAGGAUAGGGGCCGCUGGGGACUUUUCUAAGAGCACUACCAGGAGAGCUCUUACCUUAGUGGCUCCACUUUCUCUGUUCAUGUGUUACGAAUGGUUGGGUUCAAGGCGUUUUUAGGGGUUCCGGGCUAUUCGAGGUUGUGACCCGUCGUUCGCGCACGUUGCGCUUCUCUAUUCCUUCUCCAAUCCUCUAUGCCUCUCUUUUACUGUCACUUGCCCCUAGUCUACCAACUCUUUGGGGGGGAUACCAAAGGCCACACCGGCCUCAACUAUAACUAUAGUAGAUAGAACCAUGUACUUCCAGAUAUUAUACCCUGCUCGAUUGUUAUGCGG